AGAGGGGUGUUCUGGCAUUCUGCUAGUGUUUACCGCAGCAGGUUUGCCUCCGGGUCACCUUUAUUAUGACUGUAGAGGACCUGAGGGCGGGAGCGCACGAUCAUCACGGUCUGUGAUAUUUCUCAGGGACGGAGCAGCUCUGAGACUCUCUACUGCGGCGGCGAGCACAGCUUUCCUCUCACGCAAAGCCCUCAAGACUCAGUCUUUUUUUUUUUUCCGGCUUUGCUUACCUUUGGUACCUCUGGUCGAUAAGCUCCGCAUAAUUUAAACAUUAUUGUUUCAGUUAUGCAACCCAGAACAACUUUUGCCCUCAUCUUCAGUCAGUUGCUUGCUGCGUAGCGAUAAUUCAUUCAUAUUCCGUUUGAACGACGGAUGGCCAUCAUGUUAAUUGCUGUUGGAUGUACACUGGUUUGCCGUGUUGUUGGAUUAAACGGGGGACGCCGCACGUUCUAAAGUGUUUUGCGACAUGGAGUCGGAUCGAUAAUGAUUUUAGUUGGGCUGUAAUACUGCUCGGACUAAAGGUAAAAGUCUUCGUUGGAGUGGACCCUGAGAGACUGAAUAUCUGUGCAGUAACCGCAGGGAUUAAACGCGAGUGGAAUCAAAAGCGCGCGGCUGAUAUGGGUUCUGUUAUUUGUGACAAGAGAUUAGCGGGCCUCCUCCUCCUUCAAGCCUCCUCCCUCCUGCUGUUCAGUUCUGGGGAAAGGAUGUGCCCCUAUAGCUGCCGUUGCGAGGGAAAGAUUGUCCAUUGUGAGUCGGCUGACUUCCAAGACAUCCCAGAAAAUAUUUCAGUUAGUUGUCAAGGUCUAUCCCUGCGCUACAAUGACCUGCACACAAUGCUCCCUUACCAGUUUGCCCAUCUUAACCAGCUACUGUGGCUGUACCUGGACCACAAUCAAAUCAUGUUUGUGGAUAGUCGUGCAUUUCAAGGGGUGCGGCGAUUGAAGGAGUUGAUCUUGAGCUCCAAUAGAAUUUCACAGCUUCAUAAUGUCACUUUUCACGGAGUACCUAACCUACGCAGUCUCGACCUCUCCUAUAACAAGUUGCAGGAGCUGCAGCCAGGCCAGUUUUUUGGUCUUCGAAAACUGCAGAAUCUGCACUUACGCUCCAAUGGGCUGACGACAAUCCCUGUCCGGGCAUUUCUAGAGUGCAGAAGCUUGGAGUUUCUAGACUUGGGCUAUAAUCGGCUUCGGGUUCUUACUCGUACGGCAUUCCUGGGUUUGUCUCGACUUAUGGAGCUCCACCUGGAGCAUAAUCAGUUUUCACGAAUCAACUUCUUUCUUUUUCCUCGACUUGCAAACCUUCGUGCCCUGUAUCUACAAUGGAAUCGUAUUCGAGCUGUCAACCAAGGCCUUCCGUGGAGCUGGUACACCUUGCAAAAGCUUGAUAUCUCUGGCAAUGAGAUACAGGUACUAGAUCCUGUAGUAUUUCAAUGCCUCCCCAAUCUCCAGGUCCUCAACUUAGAAUCUAACAAACUGGCCAAUGUUUCUCAGGAAGUUGUGGCUGCCUGGAUCUCCCUAACAACCAUCAGCCUUGCAGGCAACAUGUGGGAUUGUGGACCAGGCAUUUGUCCUCUUGUUGUCUGGCUCAAGAAUUUCAGAGGCACCAAGGACACUAGUAUAAUCUGCAGCAGUCCAAAGCACCUUCAAGGGGAGAAGGUCAUGGAGGCUUCAAAGAACUACAUUGACUGUGAUGAUUAUGAAAUUACUGCUCAAUCACCUUUGUAUCUGCAGACCUUUGAUCCAAAUUUUGACCUUACCCCUGAACCGACUGAACCGACAAUGGCUCCUACAACACCACCUCCACCCUUGCCUUCACCUGCCUCUGAGGCGCCAUUUCCACCUCCCCAUCCUCGGCCGCCUCAACGCCCCACCUUCCCCAGCCGUGCAAAUCCAGAUCCCAGAGACUCCCAUCAAUGGACACCCUCACCAUCCAACAGCUUAUUAGUCACACCAGCUCCUGAGCAAGACAACGUGUCAUUUCACAAAGUGGUGAUGGGUGGGGUGGCACUGUUCCUCUCAGUGUCCCUUGUCUUGUCGGUAAUUUAUGUCUCCUGGAAACGUUACCCCGGUGCCACCCAGCUGUUGCAGCAGAGUUCAGUGGGCCGUAAGCGGAGGAAAAAGAGUCAGGAGCCAGAACAGAACCUGAGCUCCCAGCUCCAGGAAUAUUACAUGAGCUACAACCCUGCAGCCACGCCAGAAGCCUUGGAGGUGCUGGGAAAUGGGACAGGUACCUGCACCUGCACCAUAUCCGGCUCCCGGGAAUGUGAGGUAUGACAUGUGACAAAUGAACAAAACAAAUGAACGACUCAGGAAAUAGAGAAUGAAUACACGUGUCCCAGACCAUUACCUGGAGCUUGGAUUGGAGACAUACCCACCAUACACUGAAGGGACCGUUUUGUUCCCCAAAAUAAUCCACCGGCGGAGGAUUUGUGCCUACCUGCAUUUCAUCAGUCGCAUCAAGCUUUGUUCUCAUGAUACCACUCAUGCUUUCAAUGCUUCUUUAAUGGAUUGUGGUGGAUAUUCUUCAGUCAGAUACUGCAAAUGGACAUCUGAGAGACAGUGGGAACAGAUGCCUCAGAUGCAUAUUUUACUAAAACGCAUUUGGAUGCCUCACGUUAUUUAAUGCGCCUGGAUACAUGUGUCAGGUUUAUUUGGGAAGCAUUUGGUGGAACAUACCAAUGAAAGUUAUCCAGCCUUUGACGAAUCGCCUAACGUCAUUUGACGUUUAUGUGGACCUUUACAAAAACUAUACACUUUGUUAAUAUAUUCUCAAUUUUAAAACAGGACUUGCCCUUUCCUUUGUUAUUUAAUGUAAAUCCUUGGAAAAUUUGUGUCAGAAUAACUAAAUAAAACGACUGAGAUAAAAGCUUUAUCUUUGCUGCCUAAUACUGGAUUUGUUAUGCUUUGAGUUUCUGCAAACUUCUCUGUACAGUUUUAUUUGAAGAGAUUCUCAAGUUUACUUACCCUUCAUAACAGUAAUAAACUUCAUGCUGUUAUUCUGAGUAAUUUAAACACGACCUGUGAUCUUAUUGACUAUGCCAACACUGUUUGAAAUGUUUGCGUGUACAUAUGUGACCCUGGACCAUAAAACCAGUCUUAAGUCGCUGGGGUAUAACUUAAUUUAGACAACUUUAAAGGUGAUUUUCUCAGUAUUUUUAUUUUUUUUGCACCCUCAGAUUCCAGAUUUUCAAAUAGUUGUAUCUCGGCCAAAUGUUGUCUUAUCCUAACAAACCAUUUUAUUUAUUUAUUCAUCUUUCAGAUUAUGUAGAAAACUCAAUUUCGAAAAAUUGACACUUAUGACUGGUUUUGUGGUCCAGGGUCACAUAUGUAGUCUCAUUUUAUAGGAAAGUGUGUAAGCAAAUGUCAAGAUGUGAAUAUAGAGAAUGUGUUUUAAGUCCUAGUUUAAAGGCAAAGUGUUUUUUGUUUUUUUCUCGAUGUUGAAAUAACCUCAUUCCCUUUCCAUGUGGUGCCACUAGUGGCGCAGAAAUGAAUCACCGUUUAAACUGUAUGUUUGUUGGCGAAGGGUGUGUGUGUGAGUGUAUCAGGUAUUGAGAUUUGUUCAGGUUCCACCUGCCCCUCAAUCUUCAAAUAUUGCAACUUGAAAGUGUAAUUUAUUUAUAUGCUCCCCCACUUCAAUUAAAUAAUUACAUUUUGUAACCAAACUGUAUGAAUUGAAUGCCACCAUGGUCUGUUUUAUAAUGAACACCUUGUCAAAAUCAAUGGUGAGAGAUAUACAUUUUUCAAAUGGAAAUUAGUAUUGAUCAACUUGUUCAUUUUUAUGCAUUUAUUAUUAAUACUUUAUUUAACAAUAUGGA